CCCCACCCCAAACUCUGUGACGGGGCAUAGUGGCCCCCCAGGGCUGGACCCCGAGGUGCCCCGGUUUGGGCCUGGCCCACGCUUGCUGGCGAUCUGACAUGGAUCGAUAUUGCAUUUUAUGCUUUUAAAGCAAUUAGCAUUGCCAGGCCACGCAACCUUGCCUUUUGUGGCCGUCCUCAAUCAGCAGCUGAUGGGUUGUGCGGCCUUUCCUCACCCCCCAUCCAGAGAGAUGCUGAAUGCAGAUGGUAAAAAACUGUUGCCUGUCUUUGCUCAUGCGGCCUGCCGCUGUCUUCUCUCCGCUGAAAAAACAGGUCUAAGAGAAAUCACUUCCUUGGAUUAAAAAGAAUUUAACCACUGCUGCAGUUGCAGAGUUAUUUUUGUGUCUUGACAAUCAGCAGUUUUGUUCUAAAAAUUGCUUUAAAACUUGUCAAAUGACCUCAAUGGCCAGUCUGUUCUCUUUUACUAGCCCAGCUGUAAAGCGCUUGUUGGGCUGGAAACAAGGCGAUGAAGAAGAAAAAUGGGCAGAAAAAGCAGUCGAUGCUUUGGUAAAAAAAUUAAAGAAGAAAAAAGGAGCCAUGGAGGAACUGGAAAAGGCACUAAGUAGUCCUGGACAACCCAGCAAAUGUGUUACAAUUCCUCGUUCAUUAGAUGGGCGACUUCAAGUGUCACACCGCAAAGGCCUUCCCCACGUGAUUUACUGCCGUGUGUGGCGUUGGCCUGAUUUGCAGAGUCAUCAUGAGCUGAAGCCAUUGGACAUUUGUGAAUUUCCUUUUGGAUCUAAACAGAAAGAAGUUUGUAUCAAUCCAUACCAUUACAAAAGGGUGGAGAGCCCAGUUUUACCGCCAGUCUUGGUGCCAAGGCACAGUGAAUUUAACCCACAGCAUAGCCUUUUGGUUCAAUUUAGAAACUUAACUCACAAUGAACCACAUAUGCCACACAAUGCUACCUUUCCAGAUUCAUUCCAGCAGCCCAACAGCACUCCGUUUCCCAUGUCUCCAAAUAGUCCAUACCCACCAUCUCCAGGCAGCAAUACCUAUCCAAAUUCUCCAGCUAGUUCUGGACCAUCUAGCCCAUUUCAACUACCAGCUGAUACACCACCACCUGCGUAUAUGCCUCCUGAAGACCAAAUGGGUCAAGAUACUUCACAGUCUAUGGAUACAAGCAAUAGUAUAAUUCCUCAGAUAAUGCCUAAUAUUUCGAGCAGAGAUGUUCAUCCUGUGGCCUAUGAAGAACCCAAACAUUGGUGUUCAAUAGUGUACUACGAACUAAACAAUCGUGUUGGGGAGGCUUUUCAUGCGUCUUCUACCAGUAUCUUAGUAGAUGGAUUUACAGAUCCUUCUAACAACAAAAACAGAUUCUGCUUAGGUUUGCUCUCCAAUGUUAAUCGUAACUCAACAAUUGAGAACACUCGGAGACACAUUGGAAAAGGCGUUCAUCUGUAUUAUGUUGGUGGGGAAGUCUAUGCAGAAUGCCUGAGUGACAGCAGCAUAUUUGUACAAAGUAGGAAUUGUAAUUAUCAUCAUGGAUUUCACCCUACAACUGUAUGCAAGAUUCCCAGUGGCUGUAGUCUUAAAAUCUUUAACAAUCAGGAAUUUGCGCAGCUUCUAGCUCAGUCAGUCAAUCAUGGAUUUGAGGCAGUAUAUGAGCUCACCAAAAUGUGCACAAUUCGAAUGAGUUUUGUAAAGGGAUGGGGAGCAGAAUACCACCGACAAGAUGUUACAAGCACCCCGUGUUGGAUAGAAAUCCAUCUUCAUGGGCCUCUUCAGUGGCUGGAUAAAGUACUUACCCAAAUGGGCUCCCCACUUAAUCCUAUUUCUUCUGUUUCAUAGUGCCAAAGUAUUUCUUCAGCAACCACAAUUUUAGUGACCAUUUUCUAAUUUUCCAGAAGCUUCCAGUGUGGAUUCUGUAGGAAUACAUCAUAAGUUACCUUUCUUCUUCUACAAAUGACCAAUUCCAUUGUUUUAUCAUCAUUUUCCCAUUCAUUUCAUAUUAAGACUGUUCAAUUUGGAGGAAAACUGAAAAAUGCAGAAACUGUUUUACCUGAGCUAUACAUAUUUGAACAACUUUUGAUUCCACUGGAAGUAUUUUAACAUGUUUUCCGAGGACACAUUCUUGAAUGACUUUACACAAUGAAUAACAAACACUAUCUCAUUUGCUAAAUCUAUAGAUCCGAUUUACCAUCAGUUUUUAAUAUUACUAUAUGGUUGUGUGGAUGAUCUAAAUCCAUAAAGAGCUAGCUUUAUUAUACCUAAGAUUGCCUUUAGUUUAAAUAUGACCUCAAUAUGUACAUGUUGGCAAGCACGUGUCACAGAUAGUGAUAACAAAAUGCAUUAGAGCAGGCUCUCCUUUAAUCAAUAGCAAAGUUACUUUCAUCACAGUUCAGUGUUGCCUUCAUAAUUUAGUCCUGUACUCAGAUCAAAGUCCAGGAGAUUCAGAUGAAUGUGUGUAGAAUUGGUGCUUAACAGAUGUUUUAUCCAGGGUAUGCACUGUUUGAGGCAGUCAACAAUUAUUUGAAUACAAAACACUAAAGUGCUGUGUAUCACAUUGCAAGAAUGUGCAUUGUGUUUUAUAUUUUAUUUUGCAUUUUUGUAGAAAAUAGUCUGGAGGCUUCCUAAAAAUUUACAUUUGCUAAUUUUCAAUAUUAUUUUUUCCCUUUAAAUAUUACUUCUGUUUUGGGGAGAUUUAAAUUUUACCUAGUAAGUGUUGUAAAACACUUGCUUUUUGAUUGCUGGGGAAGCUCAUUCUCAUGAUAAUGAUUUAUGAGAAUAUUGUCAUGUGGGUGACUGAAAGUUGUAUGAUGUAAAAUAAACUUUUUUUUUUUAUUGGCAAGGGCUACAUUCUUUCAGGAGUAAUCUCAUGGAGGCUAUAUACACUGAUUGGUGGGUGACAUUUAACAUCUUUAUCUUACCUUUCUUCCCUACCUUCCUUUUGCAAAAGGGCUAAUGAUUCCUGCUAAAGGUGUAUAUCGAAUACAUCAAGCACAUUUUUAAAGUGAAGAUGUAUACCUUUGGUAUAGUGUUCAUGAACCUUAAUCAUUUAUACACGCAGGAUUUCUUGUAUAAUUUAACAAAAGCUGGCAAUCUUAACAUCCGGAUCAUUUAGAAUUGUUCUGACUAAAGCAAUGGAAAGUCAUAACAAAAUACUGAUGAAUGGUUUGUCAUGGGGAUACAGGUGUUUAUUAAACGUUAUUUGUCUCCAGGAAUAUUUUGAUUCUUUGGAGUAAAUAUAUUAGAGUCAACCACCUUUCCAAGUCAAAGUAAAGUUUAAUUUGAAUUUAAAUGGAGGUGAAAUUUCCCUAAAUCUGUUUGUCUGAUGCUCAUCUUAUUAAAUCAGUAAUUGGUUGAAACUUUGGCUUUAAAUAUAUAAUAUUUCCUUGGACAUGGAAGGCAAUCUGUAUCAGAAGUAGCUCUUGGGUAUUUUGCCCCUUCAAUGCUAGCAAUUAAAAGGGAACUUCUUACAACAAAGUAUGAAAUUUUGCAUGGAUUCUAUCCAAGCUGUCUGAGCUCAAAAAAAGAAUCUUAGCCAGUGUGACUGUGGAGAGCCUACUACACUCUAUAGGUGGUUGUAUCCUUCAGUCUUGAUGCUUUAGCAUCCCAUGUAUUAGAAUAAUCAAGAACAUAUGCAGAUCCAUAGUAUAUGUUGGCACAAGGCAGAUACCUUUUACCCAAUUUUGAUUGAGAGUUCUUACAUGCUUAUCUUAAUAUGAUGUUCAGUUAAGUUUGGUAAUCCUAAAAUUCUAUAUGGAAGAGAAUGUCUUAUAAAAGUAACUUUGUAUAAAAUGAGGGAGAAGAAGGUAGAUUGGGAAGACCCAACCUGGAUCAAAUUAAAGGCCUCUCCUGCUUGUAUUCUUAAACAACUCAACAUUAAAAGGCAGAUUGAUCUUUUAUUUAUUUUUUACUUAAGAUAUCUAGUCACCACAAUUAGUGCCAUUUGUGGCCUUUAAAAUUUGUCUAAACUCCAACUAUUUAUAGUUGUUAAUCUCAUAAUUUUAUCUGCCUUCUUUGUUAUACUUGAUCUUUUCUGAUUCAACUUCAGUUCAUGACCUCAUAUUGUAUUAAGAAAAGGUUUGGUACAGUGAUCAGAAAUGCUAGAUGAAGCGUAGCAAUAUUAACAUAUUGGCAAUUUAAUUCAUUUAAUUCAUUUUGUAAUAUGUCCAGUAUGGAAUUUGCUUUUUCAAAGUAGUUGUCCUUUUUUAUUUGACAUAUCCAUUGCAAUCCCAAGAGACUAAUUAUUCCCAACUCACAGGAUGCGGUAAUUAUUUCAAGGCACUUCUUAAGAGUGUGGUUUGAGUCCCUGAAUUGAAUACAAUUCAGUUUUUGAGAAAUUAGUAGUUAAUAUGGGAAAAUAAAAGAUAUGAAACUAAAGUUGACUUGUUUGCAAUGUAAAAGAAAGUUUGGCCAUGUGGCAAGGAGAUUAAUACUGUUCCUAUUUAAAUACUUGUAAUCUUGGUUGAUAAUUUUUACAUUUCAAUAAUCCUGCUGUACACUGGUAUUUGGAAUACCACUUCCUUGUAUAUUCUAUGGUAAUGCCUUUGAAGACUAGUUCUAAAUUCUGGAAAAAAUGUUUUAAUAAUUUUAACAUUACAGUUAACAGUUUUAAACUUGUGACUCCUGACCGGAGAAGGUGCAAUUUGUAAUGCAUGAUGGUAUUAUUUUAAGAAUGUAAGAAUAGAGCACUGUAAAGUUAAGGCCUAUCUUGCCCAUCAUUCUACAGCACGGGUGUCAAAACUCAAUCACGUCACGUGAUGUAUCAUGAUGUAUCGUGGGUUUUUUUGCCUUUGUAGAGCUGGUGUGGGGGAUGUGUCACGCAUCUGGCUCGCAGGCCGCCAAUUUGACACCCCUGUUCUAUAGGAACCAAUUAGAUGAUUGUAUUAGUCUGUAAGCAAGAUAGAGCAAUUGCCUUUUGCUAUAAUUCUCUAUUAUCUUAUCAUUUAGAGCUGUGCUAUAGUAACAUGGUUAGUAACUGUUAAUCUUGUAUGUAAUCAUUUUGUCUGAUCCUUUUUAAAACCAUUUAAAUUGCUGGAUAAAAGGAGGUCAGUAGAUCAUGAUAGUGUGUUCCAUGGUAAUUGGGGAUGAAAAAAAGUACCUCUCAUAUUUGGCCUUUGAUUCAGAUAUGUUGAGAGUGAAGUAGAUGACAAAGUAUCUUCAAGGAUAAAGAAUAAAAUCAUGUACAUGUUGUGAGAAAAAAUGUUUUUGAAAACAAGUUAAAAUUUGAAAAUUCACCUUAUAAAGCUCCAUUAUAUAAGUGUUACUAGUUUCUGCUGAAGUUCUAAAAAGCAACAGCAUACACCAGUUUGAACAGAAGUAGAUAUACUAUUUUGCUGGCUUUUAUUUAAAGAAGCUGCUUUUAUUGUUAGUUAAGGUCACAAUUCCCUGGGAGUUCUGAGCAGUUUCUUCCUAAUUAAAUGAAUGGGAACUAUAAAGAGUGCUAGAUAGAUUAUGCUAGUUACUCAACCUUUCCUAUCCUCACAGCUUCUAACUAGAAUUUGUAGAAACCCAUGCUGGCUGGGAGUUCUGUAAUUUCUAAAAAAAAAAUCAGACUGAAGGUUGCAACAGUAUAUGUGUGAGAGACAACAACAGAGACAUCCUAAAACUUUUGGAUUGCAGUUGAUUUUACUAUAAAUCAGUAAUCCGGGUAGUAACACAUAAUAAUACCUUCUAGUAGAGUGAUAAGAACUCAUUUGCAGUUUUUCUAAAAUGUUUAGAAUCUGGGUAAGAAGCCAUUUUUUUUUUACUGCUCAAGCCAUUUAUAUAUCAUCAGGUACCAGAAAAAAAACGGACUUUUUGAUGUAUUUGAAUUGUGGGCAGCAGAAAUUAUUAUGUGACUUUGCAUGCAAUUUCAACCAAUUAUUGCCAUCAGAAUAUAUGUAGUAUUCUUGUAGCAAAUGUAUAUUUUUGGACUGUAUUACAGCAAUAAGUUAAUAUCUGAUUUUCCCUUAUUUCUCUGCUGAGACAAAUGUAUUAAACAUUAUUGCAACA